GCUGAGGGGCAGCUGCAGUUCCCCGGCGCCCCCCUUCCUGCGCUUGCCGGGGUCGGCGGCGGCGGCGGCUCUUCCCCGGCCCCCAUGGCUUCAGCCGGCAGCGGGAUGGAGGAGGUGCGCGUGUCGGUGCUGACCCCGCUCAAGCUGGUGGGGCUGGUGUGCAUCUUCCUGGCGCUGUGCCUGGACCUGGGAGCCGUGCUGAGCCCGGCCUGGGUCACGGCCGACCACCAGUAUUACCUGUCCCUCUGGGAGUCCUGCCGCAAGCCCGGCAACUUGGACAGCUGGCUCUGCGAGUCCACCCUGCACAGCGACUGGCAGAUAGCGACUCUUGCUUUGCUUUUGGGUGGUGCUGCCAUCAUUCUGAUAGCUUUCCUGGUUGGUUUGAUCUCUAUCUGUGUGGGAUCUCGGAGACGAUUCUACAGACCAGUUGCAGUCAUGCUCUUUGCAGCAGUUGUUCUCCAGGUGUGCAGCCUAGUCCUUUAUCCAAUCAAGUUCAUCGAGACAGUCAGCUUGAAAAUAUACCAUGAGUUCAACUGGGGCUAUGGCUUGGCUUGGGGUGCAACUAUAUUUUCAUUUGGGGGUGCCCUCCUUUAUUGCCUGAACCCUAAGAACUAUGAAGACUACUACUAGAACUACUUUCAUUGGAGAAAAAGAAUAAAAAAUAACAACAGGAUUACUCCAUCUUUUCUAACUCACUGUUUUUUAGAAUUCUUGUGGAGCACUAAGCAAUCUGCUCUUGAUUUAAUAGCCUUUGCCUUUUGGCUGCAAACACACUAGCUUUUACAUCCAUUUAAGAUAACUGCGAAAAUUAAGAUUGCUGAUCUUACACAGGCAAAUGUUGCAAGCUACUGAUACAUAAUGUCAUUUUGCUUGACAACAAGCAAAGGAUCUACAUGACAGCGAUCAUUGUGAGGAAAGUUGUUGGAAUGAAAAUGUAAUGCCUGCAUCUACCGUCGCCUGCAGGGGAGCAGCUGACAUAAGCUCUAUUUACAAGUUUCCUUGUAUCAUGGAGGAUACAGAUGUCAUGAGGAGCAGGCGGUGCCAUCUUAUAUCAAUAAGUGGUGUAGGAUCCUGUUUACUUGCUAGAAAAAGCUCGUGGAAUUAGUUGCAAAUGACCAUGAGUUGGGAGCAGUGAAUGUAAAUGAUCAAUGACUUUCCUGAUGUCUGCAUUGGACAGUCUGCUGAAAAAAUAUGGGAGUUUAUGUAUUGGCAAUCCACAUCUUCCUGUCAACUGUGAAAGAUCCUGCAAGGGAAGUCAAAAUCUGGAGACACAUGCUUUUAAUUAUAUAGCUGGAAGUUUUCUCAGCUCUGAGUAUUGUGGGGUUGGGUGAAGAUUAAGAGGGGGCCUUGAAUUGCCCUGAGCCAAAUAAAAUGCAUGCAUGAGCUGCAUUUGUCACCAUGCCCUUUUAAUUUCUAAACUGUAUGGUAAAAAUACAUAAAUAACAAGUCCAGCUAUUUUUAUAGAAGGCAUUGGUUAGUAUAAAUGAAUAUAUAUAAAAUAUAAACAUCUGCACAGAGGAAGAAACACAUUAUUAUAUCUCAGAAUAAUAAUAUUUGCUGUGGUGCAGCGGUUAAAGCACUAACUUUAUAUGCCUCCUUAAGAGUCUUGGACUGCUAUCUCCAUUUGGGUCAAUAAUACAAAAUAAACAUGAAAUUGGUUGCUCUCUCUAUAUGCCCUUAUACAUGCUCUAUUUUAAUGGGAAAUGUCUAAAAGUUCAUAUAAAGUUGAAGUGGAAUUGGAUUAAAUCUUAAAUAAGUAGUUAUGUGGUACUUAUUAAAAGUAUUUAUUUUUUAAAAAGCUGUUUAAUGGUGAGAGACUGCCACUUUCUAAAAAUCCAGUUAGUUUGUCUCUAAUUGAAAGAAUGUAGCUGAGAUCUAGUUAUGUACAGUAUAAAAAUGUUAUCAGCAUAGUCUGUAAACUCAAUUAUUUGUUUAUCUCUGAGUGUAAAGGGUUGGUUGACAUGUGUCUAAUUACUACUUGCUGAAUGUUUCCUACUUAAGUUGUUUCCAGACGCUAUACAAAUGAAAUGAGACCCAAGUUUGGAAUUUUUAAAUUGACUUACAUAGCAGCAUAACUUUUAUUUUUGUUUAAUAUUUGCUUAUUUGGGUACUUUGAAUUAAUUGUGAACCUAUUUUUAUACCGUUCUAAUACACAACUUUAGAAGUUAUUUUUGUUAAUGGAGAAAUUUAAAAUAUAUCCUAGUUGGGCCUCUGUAAGAACAGGGAUUUUGAAGCUGUAAAAAUGCUUUCAUAGUUUUGAUGUAUUGCUGGGUCCAUAAAAGGACUGCAGAAUUAUUUUACAUUAGGACCUCAUCCUAUAGUAUUAAAUGUACUCGCCACAUUUGCAGAAAGAAGCUUUUCAGCAAUGGGUAUAGAAGAAGUAUAAACCUGCUUGUAGUUUGUUCCUUUUACAUUUUCUCUGUCAGAAAAGACCCAGUUCUUAACAAACCUUGGCCUCUCUGGGAUACAGUGUUCAAUAUCACAAGAGAACAGUCAGCAUCAGCACUCUUCCGUGGAUCAGUGAUGUUUAGCUAGACUAGGAUGACAAAGCAAAAUGAUAGCUUCACUUAAGUGUUUUUGUGCAGCCUGCUGGAGGACGAGAAUAAAAGGGCAUGAGGGGAAGGAAGGAGGAGUUUCACUUUAUCUCUCAGGCAUUUGAGAAUAUUUGGAACGCUGCAUUUUUUCCUCAGAGUGACUUAAUGCUGAGGUCUGGAAUGUGGUUAAAUCUUUCUGGACUACAGCAUGACACUGCUCUUAUUUAGCAGAAUGAGAAACAUUGUGUGAUAGAAUAAGAAUUAGGCCAAUUUUUAAGAAGUCUACUGUGAGUGGAUCUCUAUUCCUUUCUAGUGCUUUGGAGCUGACUGUUACACAACACUUUGAUUAGUACAAGGAGAAAAAGUCAUAAAAUGAUAGACCUAUGUCAUAUCUACUAAUCUUAAUAAAUUCCCUCUUUCUCUGUCUGUGAGAGAACGUAUUCAGUGGACUAAAGUAUAUACACAUAAGUUGUAUAUACGCUGGAAAACACAGAAAUCAUAACAUAAAAGACCUCCAGGCAAAAAUUGUCGAACUUGAUUGCCUAAAGUUAGGAUCCUAUAUCCAUAUUUAGGCAUCAAAAGUCAGGGCCUGAUUUUCAGAGGUUCGGAAUACCUGUGACUUCCAUUGAAGAUAAUGGAAUAUAUAGGUGAUCACCACAUAAUCACCUAGUCAGUUCACUGCCAUUGCAGAGGUAUUGGGCACUGGUGACACACAAAAGUUUUAAGUUUCCUGAGGACUGAAAUAUUUUGAUCUAGCUCGGGAGCAUCUGAGUGGAAUUUCUUAGCCUAUGUUAUAUUGGUCAGUCAGAUGAUCUAAUGGUUCCUUCUGACCUUAAAUUCUGUAAAACUAGAAGGAUUUGUAUGUGGGAAACAUCUCAGAAUCAGGCCCUUUAUAUUUAAGUGCCUGAAUGUGGAACUAGGCACCUAAUUUUAACUUAUGCUGCUGUUUUAUUUUUUUCUAACAUGGCCAAGAUUGCCAAAUAUUGUAUGUUUUGGCACUAAACUAAAAGUAAAUACAAUGUAAAGCUGAAAUAUUUUUUCUACCCAUAGAAUAAAACACUCCUGUGUUGGAGUGUAUAUACAACAAACUUAUCAUUUUUAUAUAUUAUUCUUGUAUCAUGCCUUUAUCACGUCAAUUGUAUUUGGCUCUCUCUCACUAGCAAGAUAAUUUUUCACACCACAAACCCAUAGUUUCUCUUCCAAAUAUAUAUAUAGAGAAUUUGCAAGCAGGACUGAUUAUUUUUAUUUUUUAAGCUUAAAGUAUACUAUCUGACAAAUACCAACCCAGUUUUUCAAUUUCGUAACACAACCACGUUUAGCUUUUGUAAGUUCAACAUGUAAAUUUUAAAGACAUAAAUAUAGAGACCUAUGUGUGUGAAAUAUAAAUGAUAUAUGGAUUAGCAUGUAAUUGUAUAUUAAACAUGCAAUGAUCUAACUGGUAAGUGAAGUCUAAUCCUAUGGCUAGCAAUGUAAUUUAUUCAGACUGUAUUUUUGUACAGAACAGUGCACACUAACCUAUUGCCUCUGUGUCCUCUAUAAUGCCUAAAACUGUGCCUAGAGAUAUCAUUUGUCUUUAUGAAUCAAUCAACUAAACACUUCAUGCUGUUGAUGGUAUUAGUUUCUCUAAUGUUGUUCUCUAUUUAUUUUUGAAAAGUGUAUGGUAUGUUUAUUAAAUGAAUCCAUCAAAAUGUGGUUCAUUUUUAAUGGUCAUGGUUAGGGGGAAAAGACACAUUUUUUAUCUAAACUGUUUUAAGUUUGCAGUUUUAUUAUAAUUUCUGCAUCUCACAUCUUUUGUAGCUUACAUGAAGUUAUAUGUGAAAAAGUAACUAAAAUAAAAAAGAUUACACUAACAAAA